AUGACCAGCCUGUUCCGCCGGAGCAGCGGCGGCGGGGGCGGCGGCGGGGGCGGCUCGGCGGGGGCGCGCGGGGCCGGGGCCGGGACCGGUGCCGCCUCGCAGGAGCUCAACAACAGCCGGCCCGCCCGCCAGGUGCGCCGCCUCGAGUUCAACCAGGCCAUGGACGACUUCAAGACCAUGUUCCCCAACAUGGAUUACGACAUCAUCGAGUGCGUGCUGCGCGCCAACAGCGGCGCGGUGGACGCCACCAUCGACCAGCUGCUGCAGAUGAACCUGGAGGGCGGUGGCGGCAGCGUGUACGAGGACAGCUCCGACUCGGAAGACAGCAUCCCCCCGGAGAUCUUGGAAAGGACUUUGGAGCCUGACAGCUCUGAUGAAGAACCCCCACCUGUCUAUUCCCCGCCAGCCUAUCACAUGCACAUGUUCGACAGGCCUUACCCUCUGGCUCCCCCCACACCACCUCCCCGCAUCGAUGUGCUGGGCUCUGGACCCGUGUCGAGCCAGAGGCGCUAUCGUAACUGGAACCCACCCCUGCUGGGCAACCUCCCCGAGGACUUUCUCCGCAUCCUGCCCCAGCAGCUGGACAGCAUACAGGGUAACCCCGGGGGCUCCAAGCCCAGGAGCGGAGAGGGAGGCCUGCCCCCUGUGGCUGGGCCUGGCACCCGGGACCAGGAGAACCGCUGGAAGCAGUACCUGGAGGACGAGAGGAUUGCGCUCUUCCUGCAGAACGAGGAGUUCAUGAAGGAGCUGCAGCGCAACCGGGACUUCCUCCUGGCCCUGGAGAGAGAUCGUUUGAAAUACGAGUCCCAGAAAUCCAAAUCCAGCAGCAGUGUGGCUGUGGGAAACGACUUUGGCUUUCCUUCUCCUGCCCCAGGAGCUGGUGACACCAAUCCUGCUGUGUCUGAAGAUGCCUUAUUCAGGGACAAGUUGAAACACAUGGGAAAAUCCACCCGGAGGAAGCUGUUCGAGCUGGCCAGGGCCUUCUCCGAGAAGACCAGGAUGAGGAAGUCAAAGAGGAAACACUUGUCCAAGCACCAGUCGCUGGGAGCUGCGGUGUCAACAGCUAAUCUCCUGGACGACGUAGAGGGCCACACUUGUGAUGAAGACUUCCGGGGACGGCGACACGAGGCACCCAAGGCACCCAAGGUGGAGGAAGCCCUAAGGGAAGGACAGUAAGAGAUGCCAGUGCUUCCUCCUUGCCGGAGAUGGUCUGACCUGGUGGGGGCAGCCGGAGAGCCAAACCGGCCCCCGGUGUAAGGGCCCAGCUGCCGCCGGACAGAUGGCGCCGAGGACUGAGGCCUGGUGAUUCUUCAGCCACGUCCAGCCCCAUCACUGCCACUGUCACUGCCACUUUCCAGGGGACUUAGAACUUUGGAGUUUUGUGCUGUGAUUGGAGGAAGGACCUGGGGCCCUCGGGGCAGCCGCCAGUCCUAGCCCCUUUUGUAGCCAGGCUGUUCUGUGGGCAAUGAGUGGAAGUGCAGGAACUCCC